UGUAUUGAUUGUGUGUGUGUGUGCGUACCGUGCGGCGGUGUGUGGGUGUCACUGACUGAUAUUUGACAAGUAAGAUAAAAUAUAAAUAUUAGGGCGAUUUUCGCGAUCCGUGCUAAUCCCAUCAACGAUUUGCCGCCCCCAACUCAGAUGAUAGCAAUGGACGAGCAGCGCGGCGACAAGAUCUACGGCGGAUGCGAGGGUCCGGACGCCAUGUACGUGAAGCUGAUUUCCUCGGACGGCCACGAAUUUGUCGUCAAACGCGAGCACGCUCUCACCUCCGGCACAAUCCGGGCGAUGUUGUCCGGACCGGGUCAGUUUGCCGAGAACGAGGCCAACGAGGUGCAUUUCCGGGAGAUACCAUCCCACGUCCUACAAAAGGUCUGCAUGUACUUCACCUAUAAAGUGCGUUACACCAACAGUUCUACCGAAAUACCCGAAUUCCCGAUCGCUCCGGAGAUCGCAUUAGAACUUUUGAUGGCGGCUAAUUUCCUAGACUGCUAAAGAAAAUAAUAUUGGUUAAUUUGAAUUUACAUUAUUUACAAGUGAACGAAGAAGGGCCAGACUGCGUAAAGCUUAAUUUGCCCAUGUUAAUUUGGUAAUAAAACGAGAAGAUUGUCCCUGCGAGAAAAUAAAUUUCUGUUGAUUUCCUAAACG